GCAAUACAGAGAAGUUUUACUUGGACUCCCAGAGAAGCCAGCCCCAGCUUCGUGAUGGCAUAUUGGAUUCACUCCGCCAAGGUCAGGCAUGGUUCUAGAAUCCGCUUGAUCCCGAAGGCGGGUGGGCUUUCCCACAGAGUGAGCCAGCCUCGACCUCCCGAGGGAAUUCAAUAUUUGUUGCAUGCUCAACGCCACGGCGCAACGCUCGGCCCUAUCCUCACUCUCGUCGCUGCUACUGUAUGUUCAAGCAAAAGCAAUAUCGUGGGUUUGUUCCACAUGGCGUACUGCAGGUUCAAGUUGAGCAGCGGAGUGUUCCGUUUUGCCAAUCAUGUGCCCGGCACCUACCACGGCUUUCUCCCCCAGAACCGUCUUCGAACUUGAUAAGGACGACCUACUCGUGUCGCCCAGAAGUCUGUAAAUAGACGAGUGGGGCACGGAGCGCAAGGAGGCCAACUACUGUAUAAGGAAUCUAUUUACAGACUUCUGGGCGGGACGA